AUGGACGGUCGAUCGUCUACGACAGCAGAACCCAAGCAUAACUACGCUACCAUUCCCUGGCCGAACCUGACAACCAGUCUUCCUGUUCAGCAUCCGACAAGUGACGUCGCAAGCCCUAUCCUGCAGACCCCCAUCGAACUUUUGCUCUUAUCGCAGCAUUCGGUCUACCACCAAAGUCAACUGUUGAGCUACAACCGACUGUUUGCCCCCGGGCGCGCAGGAGGAGGCGGUGGUGGACUGCAGGGUUCUCCUACCGCGCCCGCAAAGUCCAGGUCGAGAUCGUCCAGCAAGGUCUCUAACAAGGACUCGUCGUCAUCAAAGUCGAACGGCAACCAGAACUGCCAUGGGAAUAAACAGUCAAGGAACACUGACAAGGCCGAUCGUGCGCUUAUAGCUGUGAAAGAAUCAGCUUCGCCCAAGAUGCCUCCGAAGGAGAAGGACGGCUCCAAAACCCCUAAUGUCUCUUCCUCUUCCCAUGCCACUUCCGCAGCGUCAUCAAACGCGCCUUCCUCAGCUCCCCAACCAACAGCAACAACAUCAACAAAUAAUCCUCCACCCAAACAAGCCCCAGCGGCUCGACUGCCAGCAGUCCAGGCGAGCUCCGUGCCGUCAACGCCCCAUCAGCAUGCUAGAAACUAUUCAUUCGAGGACCGCGAGCAGUCGCCAAAUGCCAUCCAAAACCACUCGCCACGCUCUACGUACUCCGAAUCCAACGUCGUCCCGACUUUCAGGCAGCUGCCGCCACGGCUAGGUGGCUGUGCCUUUGAGACUGCCAUGAUUCGGGGUAGGAGACGAAUUCCAUAUAGCCUGGGCGAUCGCCGUCUCGAAAAGGUUGAGCCAAGCAAGAUCAAGAGCAGCCUCUCGGAGGACGAGGAGAGGAGACUGACCACCGACAUGCGGGAGCUGUUUGAUCGGUUAAAACCUACCGAGAAGGUCAAGGCGAACCGCGACAAACUCAUCAAGAAGCUGGAAAAGAUGUUCAACGAGCAAUGGCCGGGCCACAGUAUAAAGGUGCAUCUAUUCGGAUCAUCGGGCAACAAGUUGUGCUCUGAUGAUUCCGAUGUGGACAUCUGCAUCACGACUGACUGGAAGGAAUUGGAGAACGUCUGCAUGAUUGCCCAGUUGCUCCAAAAGCGCGGUAUGGAAAAGGUGGUAUGCGUCUCUUCAGCCAAAGUCCCCAUCGUGAAGAUAUGGGAUCCCGAGCUCGGCCUUGCGUGUGAUAUGAAUGUCAACAAUACGCUGGCAUUGGAGAACACGCGCAUGGUGUUGACGUAUGUCGAGAUCGACGAGCGCGUCCGGACGUUGGCGAUGGUUGUCAAGCACUGGACACGGAGAAGAACAAUAAACGAUGCAGCAUUCGGUGGUACGCUCAGCUCCUACACCUGGAUUUGCAUGAUUAUCGCCUUUCUGCAACUUCGAGAUCCGCCAAUAUUACCUGCCCUCCACCAAAAUCCGCACAAGAAGCAGCCGUCCAAAGACGGCCAACCGAGCGAAUUCGCCGAUGACUUGACCAAGUUGCGAGGGUACGGAGCCAAGAACAAGGAGACUCUGGGCGAACUGCUUUUUCACUUCUUUAGGUUCUACGCGCACGAGUUCGACUUCGACAAGUCGGUAAUAUCCGUUCGGCUGGGCAAGCUCAUCUCCAAGGACGAGAAAGGCUGGACCUAUACGCUGAACAACAUGCUCUGUGUCGAGGAGCCGUUCAACACAAUACGGAAUCUGGGCAACACAGCAGACGACACGUCCUUCAGGGGUCUCCAUCUUGAACUUCGACGUGCGUUUGACUUGAUUGCUGAGGCAAAGCUGGAUGAGUGCUGCGAGCAGUUCGUGUUCCCUAAAGAGGAGGAGCGCGUAUGGCAGAAGCCAGCCGCAGCUCCGCGUCCAGUCUUGGUCAGGAGCUCGUCUCAGCAACAUUCAAACAGGGGAGGAAGAGGAAAUUAUCGAGGCAGUCGCAACCACCGAGGUAACAACCGGAGGGCAUCGUCGAGCAUUGCCUACGAGAACAAUCCAACCAUGCCUCAGGCUCAGGGCCAAGCGACCUUCCAGCCUACUUUGAUGCAGGAUGGCCAGUGGUAUGCGACCAUGGGCCAGGCCCAAUACCAAUAUGUGACGAGCGAUGGCUUCGUCAACCCCAUUUACGGAACGACGGCGAUUCCAAUAGACCAGAACACUUUCCGAUUGCAGCAGUUGUACUCACAACAUUGGGUCGCCGCACAGCAGCAGGCCAUGAACAUGGCCAACAUGCAGCAACGUAUGAGCAGCUCAAGCAACCAGCCGACCGAUAGAUCUCGGGCUGGCUCUUUCGACCAGCCUCCGCUCUCUGCGCCGCUUCGCCCUGAGCUGAAUUACGUGUGGCCACAAUACGCAAUGUCUGGGCAGUUUUACCAGUCUCCAGUCAGCGCAUAUCCGUCUUCACCUGCCACUGCGGCUACUCCUGCGACGACCGGAGGUUCCGAGUUCCGGAGGAGUUUACACAGGAACACGGUUACGGGCGAGUCUGGUGGGGCCUCGAGCAGCUCGACGCUUAGAUCGCAGUCCCAGCCAGCUUCUCGAAGCUCGAUGCCAAUAAAUGGUCACGGUGGCACCGGCGGACAGCCUCAGAGUCAGAUAGCUCAGGCAGCUGGGUCCGCGGCGACUGCAGCCAACGGCAUACAAGUAUAUGCGAAUGGAUUGACGUCCUUGCAAACAACUCAUGCCAACGGUCAACACCUCAACUUUGUUCAGAACGAAGAGGUGAUUGACACCGACAUUGAAGGCAAGUCAUCUUCUGGCUCGCCACCGCCUAUUGUGGAAGACAGCCAUACGGGCUAUGUCGGCUAUUACCUGAAUGACGGCUCGAAUCCGAUCAAGAAGCCUAUGCCAAGUGGCCUACAGAGCAGCAUUCCCAACGGGGCGCCUUCGUUUGGUGACAUGUCACAGAGCACGUUUGCCCGGCGGCGUCUUUCGGCGGACCACCAAUCGCCACAGUCAAUUCUCGACCGCAGAAUGAAGCGAACCUCGCGCUCCCCCUCGCCACUUGGCCACGCUAGGGCGUUUUCAGUGGGUACGGCAGCGCCCGCUUCAGCAGGGACAACGUCGACCUUUCAAAAUGGCAACACAAGCAAGCUGUCGAUCGAGGCCAAGCCAGUAGUUGUGAAUGGUUCCGCAUCCCAUUCGACGUUGUCUUCUGUGUCAAGUCGGCAGCCUUCGGCUACUGAGAGCAUCACAUCCGAGACACCGAGCUUCGAGACCCCGAAUUAUGUUUCACAAACAAGUAUCGGCUCUAAUGGAUACAUGUCCGACAAAGUGCUUUCAAACAGCUCAGCAUCUAGCCAGGCAUCUGCAGCACCCAGCGAUAGGCCACUGGUUGUAAACGGCUCCAGCACGCCCUCGUCUUCAGUGGCGCCCCCAGUCCUGAUCCCUGACUCCAAGUCGUUUAAUCAGCGCAUGGCAGCUAUGGGGACAUUUUCACAAUCUCCGACAGCUUAUCAUAGGAUAAUUCCGAACCCGGCGGUCGCGGCGCAAUUCUCUCAGCUGUCACCUGCGGGUAGGUUUCACAACGUGCACCGGGCGCAACAAAACGGCGUCAUUGCGCCUCUAGACCUGGCAAUGCCGGAACAUUCUAUGCCCAUGCCCGACUUUACGCAUCUCUCGCCUGUUUAUGAGACGCGGACGCCGUCGCCAACGGUUACUCGCAAGUUUGACGGCCCUGCGCCCUCGCAAGGUUUAAUGGCAAGUGUCGUGCAGAACAAUGCAAGGAACACACAGCAAGCGGAAGGGUUGAAACCCAAGCAAAGAUCGAGCGCCAACGUGAAACACGAAAACGCCAAGCCCAAUGGGCAUACAAACGGUCACGGGCCUGCCUCACCUACAAGGGAUCGCGUUGUGCCUCGGGUAGAGACGGCCAUUUCCCCAACCAGCGUACAAGCGAGUGAUUGGCAGAAGACUAAGAGUCGAAAGAAGCCGAGCAUCGUCAAUAGCACACAGCACACCGGAUCGGGUGCAGAGCAGCCACCAAAGAACGACGCAGACCGGAAGGGGGGUUGA